AUGAACCCGGAAGAAUCGAAUAUUUUGGUAGCUAUUCGUUGUAGGCCUCUUAAUCAGAAGGAAGUUUAAAACGAAGAUUUAGACAUAGUUAGAGUGGAGGACAAUUUGAUUAUCAUUUUGGACCCAAUACAAAUGGAAUAUGAAGCAGAGAAUAAGAAAAUGCUGGAAGUGUAUCAUAGGAGCAAAGAACAGCGAUAUGCCUUCGAUAAAGUGUUUAGGGAGGAGAGCUAAGAUGAUAUCUUUGAAUAAACAUGCAAAUAGCUGAUUAAGCCUGUGAUGAACGGUUACAAUGCGACUGUAUUUGCCUAUGGUCCCACUGGAACAGGGAAGACUUACACGAUGUUGGGAAACCAAGAAACCAUGGGAAUAAGUGUGCUCACAAUAAGGGACAUGUUUGAAUUCAUAAAACGUGAUCUGGAUAACGAAUACAUAGUGAUGAUAAGUUAUGUGGAGAUCUACAACGAAGCUAUUCGUGAUCUACUAAUUUAGUAAUCCUAAUAUUUGGAGUUACGAGACGAUCCAAUUAAGGGAGUCACAAUAGCAGGAGUUACUGAGUAUAAAGCAAUAAGUGUUCAGUAGGUUAUGAACUUAUUGCUCUAAGGAAAUAGGAGGAGGACAACCGAAGCCACGAAUGCGAAUCUUACUUCUUCUAGGUCUCAUGCAGUAUUUUAAAUAAAUGUGACUCAAAGGAGCAAAGUGAAAAAUACGGAGAUGGAGUCAAUGAAUGGGAAGUUGAGUCUAAUAGAUUUGGCAGGGAGUGAAAGAGGAACUGUGACAGAGAACAGAGGACUUCGAUUAAGAGAAGGAGCAAAAAUCAAUAGGUCAUUGUUGGCACUUGCAAAUUGUAUCAAUGCAUUGGGAGAUAAGAGCAAGAAAGGAUUCUUUGUGCCUUAUCGAGAUAGUAAAUUGACAAGGCUGUUGAAGGAUUCCUUGGGUGGCAAUUGCAGAACAGUUAUGAUUGCAAAUAUAUCGCCAGCUUCAUCUCAAUUUGAAGAGACCAUCAACACUUUGAAAUAUGCCAAUAGAGCCAAAAAUAUAAAGACAAAACAAUUACCCAAUAAGAAAUUGGUUGCUAUGCAUAUAGCUGAAUACAAGAACAUAAUUAGUGAUUUGAGAUCAGAAAUUGAAUCAUUAAAACUAAGAUUGAAUGAAAAAUAAUUUGAUGACAAUGAAGAUGAAUCUAUUACUAUCAACAAUUACAUUAACAAGAAUGGUAAGCCAGAAUAAGAAGAGUUGAAAUCUAUUUAGGAAGAAAUCUUUGAGAACUUUUAGGAAAGAAUUUAAUUAAGAAGAGCCCUUAUGGAAAUUGAGGAACAGAAUGCUAUGAAUUUCUUGGAAAUCAAAAAAAGGUAAAGUGAAAUCUUGCAAUGGAAGAAGUCAGGUGAGAAGAAUAUGCCUGAAGAUAUUAGACAGGGAUUGAAGAGCAUAUAGACCUUAAAAACGAGUACGGAGAAGAAUAUGAUCAAAAAGGAAUUGAUGGGGUUAUAGUUAGUUGAAAAUAUUAAUAAUGCUAAGAAGAUUAGAGAGUCGAUUCCUAAAAGAAUUCAGAGUAAGGAGAAGAGAGAUUAUUUGGAAUUGGAAAUUAAAAAUCAUGUUUUGGAAUUAUAAAAUGUUGAAUUGGAAAUCAAUCUGUAAAUUCAAGAAAAGACUAUUAAUGAUUUAAAAAUGAUUGUUGAAAAUUAAAAGAAACUAAUUAAUGAUACUCAAGAUGAAGAAAAAUACUUUGAAGAAACAGACAUCGAAUAUAUUGAUGAUUUAUUGGAAGAUCCAGAAUUUUAACAGGAAUAAGAUGACGAUGAUCUGGAGGAUUUGGGUGAAUUAGAUUAGUUUAAAGAAUUCAUCAAAAAAGAAGAAUUGAAAUAAAAUUCACCCAAUCAAUUCAAACAAAGAGACAAGAGUGCCCCAAGAAAACAGUUUAACAAAUAAGAGUUGUCCAUUCAAGAAGACUACGAUGAAAUUAGUUAAUCAUAAUCCAAACCUAAAGUUCGAGAUCAAUCUCGUAAUAAAAGGGAUGGAGGUGGAUCUGCUAUUUAAAAUAAAGUACUGCCCCCAAAAGAUAAAUAAUUGCAAUUUCAAUAACAAAUCAAACCUGCAAACAUUAAACCACCAAAAGAUAUAUCAGUUCUAAAUUUACAAGGGCGAAAUCUAUCAAUAGGCAAUUCAUAGCAAAGAGGUAAUUCUAAGGCCAAAAAAUGA